UCGCGCAAUUGCUGCCGGUUUGACAGAAGCUCUAAUCCGCUCGAAUUCGCUUGAUCAUGAAUUGUUUUGUCUUUUUUAUUCGUCAGUUAAGCGAGUAAUUUUUUCCCCUGAAAGUGUGAAAAUAUUCACAAGUGAAGCCGGUUUUUGCUCGUUUUUGCGAGCAACCCGAGAGGCAGAAAUUUAACGGGCAGUGUGUGGUGCUGUGGAGAAAGGGAUGUGGAGCGGGCGCAUAAGAAUUAUUACUCGGAUGGUGAUUUGAAAACAGAAAUGUUGAAGUUUGGCAGCAAGAGCGAUGUUACAGUGGUGCAUCGCGCUACUAUUCGCCUUUUAGAUGAUGCUGAAAUACUUCAUUGUGAUUUUCAGCCUCAAGAUAAAGGAAGACAUAUUCUUGAAUAUGUUUGUAAACAACUCAACAUUUUGGAAACUGAUUAUUUUGGACUUCGAUAUGUGGAUCAUUGCAGACAAAGGCAUUGGUUGGAUUUAGCAAAAACGGUUGUAAAACAAAUUAAAGAUAUGGAUCCAAUUUUAUUUAGUUUUCGCGUGAAAUUUUAUCCACCAGAUCCACUACGAUUGAAAGAGGAGAUCACACGAUAUCAAAUUUAUCAGCAAUUAAAAAGGGACCUUCUACAUGGACGACUUUACUGUAGUCCUGGUGAAGCUUCUUUACUCGCUGCCUGCAUUGUACAAAGCGAACUGGGGGACUAUGAUCCAGAGAUUCAUGAGAGUAACUAUAUAUCGGAACAUAAAUUACUACUAAAGCAAACCGAGACAAUCGAGGAAAAAGCCAUGGAUUUGCAUCAAACGCAACUCAAAGGUUUCACGCCAGAGCAAGCGGAAACGCAUUUUCUCAGGCUAGCUUCGCAAUUGGACACGUAUGCCGUAGAUCCACAUCCCGUUAAGGAUCACAAAGGUACACAAUUAUAUCUUGGUAUAAACCAUAGUGGAAUCCUAACAUUUCAAGGAUCGAGAAAAACUAAUCACUUUCGCUGGUCCGAAGUGCAAAAGAUCAACUAUGAAGGAAAAAUGUUUAUCGUUCACUUAACUAUUAAUGAGGACACGAGGACGAAGAAAAAACAUACCGUCGGAUUUAAGUGUCCAACGGGGUCAAAUUGCCGACAUGUUUGGAGAUGCGCCAUCGAGCAAAUGCUAUUUUUCACCUUACCAAGAGCUUCAGAUGCACCGGUAUUGAGUGGUGGUUCCAUUUUUUCCUGGGGUACGAAAUUUAAAUACACUGGAAGAACGGAAAGAGAAGUAUUGGAAGAAGCAGGACCACUUCGAAACGAAGAACCUCCUAUUCAACGCUGCAAUUCUACAGGUCUUAGAAGAAAAGCGAGUAGUGUACCUGCAACCCCAAGUACUCCGAGUCAAGAUCUCGUUGAGAUUCGAUAUUCUAGUUUACCAAGAAGUUGCCAUAGCGCAGGUCUAGAUGGUGCCGGGAUGUCUGACAUAGCUAGUGGAGUUCCUUUAAGUUCUCCUUACUGCCCUGACAAUACCUUACCACUACUUGAAACCGUAUCUGAAGAUCAAGAAAUACACACUAGAAGAAAUAAUGCCGUAGACGAGAAUGAUUCGCAUGCGAGUGACACCCACUCCACCACAACUUUCACAACCCAAACGAAAAUAGUGAAAUUUCCAAAGAGCACACUCAAUCGACCACAACCUCUAUAUAGUCAAAAAAUAGUAAUAGGCUCAGACGAAUUGACAGGAAAUAUUGAAAGUAUCGUCAAACAGAAAAUAGAUUCACUUGAUAAAAGUCCAAAAGUUGUCAGAUCAACGGCAUUAAUAAUUAAAACAUCAAAAACACCAUCAAAUAGUAAAAGAAAUGGCAAUUUAAUCAACAAUGAUAAUGGAAACGCGAUUACAUGUCAGGAAAAUAAUUAUUCACAGGAUAAUAAUCAGGUAAGAUUAAAUAAUGGAACAAGUACGACAGCGAAUAAAUCUAAAAAUGAUUUGAAAAUCGUAAAUAAUUGUUUCUUAACAAAAACAAAAAACACUGUGCAGAAUCUUAGUCCAUCGAACUGGGGUCAAGAGAUUCUUCGCAAUGUUGGAAAUGGAAUUGAUGCAAUUAAAAGACAUUACGAUUUGUCAGUCUGCCAACACGAGGGUGAUGCAAAUGAUUAUUAUUUUCGUGAUUCAUUUGAUCAUUCAUCAUCGGAAAAUCAAUUACUUGAUUCAACUGGAAAAUCACAUAAUCGUACAGUGACACCAGUGCCGAAAAUGCAAAAAUUGCAAAAUUCUAAAAUGAGUUCACAAUCACGUCGUGCUGGUGUGAAAAUAAAAGAAAAAAGUCUACGAGUGGUAAAACUAUUGAUACCUGCGUUUAUGAUAACAAUAAUCGUGAUAUUUAUUGCGAUUGUAUUGAUAUUUGAAACGGACUCAAAUUUCGUCAACAGCCUGCGCAAAACGCCGGAAAUGGUGGCCUUACAAAAUCAAUUUUACGUACCUAUUAAGGAAUUUCUUAGGAGCAAGCUCGGCCUAUUUUGAUCACGUACUGAGCUAUUAGAAAUUAAAUUGUUCUUAUUAAUCACGUGCUCCUCUAUGACAGUGCCAAUCUAAAAAAAAUAAGGCACAGCAGUGCCACGAAUCAGAUUACGUAAAUGCUUAUAAAAUAUGUAUAGCAAUUCGAUCAUUUAUUAUUUUUCUUUUUUUUUAUGUCUUUAACUCAAAGUAUUUUAUUUAUUUUGCUAAUGUCAUUUACCUGAGAUUAAAUUUGACAAAAGUUUAUUUAGAAAUUAAAAAAUGAUUUCUUUUUGUUAUUUUUAUUUAUUUAUUUAUUCUUAUGACAAAAAAAUAUUUUUUGUGGAUAUGAUUUAAGAUGUUAUUUAGUUGGUAAUGUUUAUUUGUUAUUAUUAUAUAUAAUCAUGUUAUUAAAAAAUAUAUACAUAAUUUAUUUAAAUUUAUUUUAUUUUUAAAAAUAUUUCAAUUUGAAAAAAUUGAAUUUAUUAUUUCAAUUUAAUUAUAAAGAAAUAUAAUCUUUUGUCAAACAUAUUGAAGGUGAAUUACUGUAAAUUAAUAGACAAAUUUUCCGAUUUAAUUUCCUUUUUUAAAAAAAAAAAAAAAACUAUUUUUAUCGAUAAAAAUAAAUAAAAUGUUCUUCCGGUGACCUUUCGUGAAAAAUGACAAAGUUGGGAUUUAUUAUAGUAAUGUGAAAAUGCUUCAAGCUCAAAAAAACAAUUUAUUAUUUGUUUAAAAGUAUUUUUUUUUUACCUCAUUUGAAUGUCAGUGAUAGAGAAUGGCCUAUCGAAAAUCUAAUCUUUUUUUUUGAGAUUAAAAAAGAAUUUUCCUUAAAUAAAAAAAAAAUUUGCUUGAAUUAUCGAAAGGGUUUAUAAUUUACUUAUUAUAUUAAUACGAAGGAAGCACUGACGAAAAAAAACGAUGUAAGAUACAAUUUAUAUGUUUUGCAUAUAAUAAGAAAUUUAUUAUUGGUAAUAGGAAAUAAUUUAAUGAUCAACGAAAAAAAACAAUUCGUUUAGGUAGAUAGUUGUGUAACUAAGUAGUAAAUAAUAAUCUACUGGAAUAAUCAAUGUAUAAGAGCGAAACGGUUUUUUUUUGUACAGAAAAUCCGUGUGCACUUCUUAACAAAACAAAAGAAAAAAGGAAAGCUCAGAUCAUAUUCAAAAAAUUUUUUAUUUUUCGAAACCAGUGAUUUUUUUGUUUUUGCUUCCGCUUAUGUCGAAUAUUCUUAAUUUCGAAACAAGCUGAAUAUUGUUUUUUAUCGUCUGGUGUAAAUAUUAUUCAUCUUUGCAACAUGUGUUCCCAAUCAAUGUAUUUUUUUUCUAUUCUAGUCUUGAAUAAUAUUGUACAUAUAAUAUUAGUGAUUCGCUAAGUAAUUGUGGAUAGGCUUAUUUAUUUCAAAGUUGAAUUACUGCUUUAGAGUUUAUAAAUAUAUAUUAUAUAUUUUAGAAAUGCAAGAUUGGUACUUAGUACCUCAAGAUCUUCCAUAGGAAGUACUUAAAAAAUACUUGUAUUAUGUUCUUCUAUUAUUAAUUUAAUUUUAUCGAUUCUUUUUUAAAAAUUUUUAUUUCGGUGUACUCAAUUUUAUUAUAUAAUUACACAUAAUUAUUUUAAAUAUGCAUUAAAAUUCAAUUUAUAAUUUAAUAGAUUAUAUUGAUUAUUAAAAAUAAAAUUAUGAUAAAUUAUUUACAGUAAAUUAAAAAUAGUUGAUUGAAUGGGUAAAAUAGAUUUCUAUUCUUGUAUAGCUUUAUAAUGCAGUUAAGUUUCAAACUUUGGUUCACGUGUUGCAAAAGUACCUACUAGAAUAAUUAUUACAUAUAUUUCUCCGGAAUAUCGUCGAAUGAAUCAAUUAAUCUAAGUAACACUUUUUUAUUUUUUUAAAAAAGCUCUAUUAGACAUAAUGAUACUGGAAUGAUUAUUAAAUUAUUUAUUUAUUAAAAACGGGAAAGUCUGAUAAUGCAGUUGGGACUUGGGACCAAGUGAUGAAAAUUCAACGAAAAGUAGAAUUUCCUAUAAAGAGACUGCAUUUUUUUCGUUUCUUUUCUUUAUUAACCCCUUCACAGUGUAGCAGAAAUAAAGCUUCCGUGCCCCGUAUGUGGGAAAUUUUUUUUUUUAAACUUGAUAUUACCAUACCUAAGAAUACCCAUUGACAAGUUUAUCGUAUUGUGUCUACUUUUUUUUUAGAUGCUUCUAUAGCGGUCAUACACACUGGUGACACGAUAUUUUUAUGCCUCUACAGAGGUCAAUAACAGUGAAGGGGUUUUAAGGAAGAAUUACAAUUUUUAGAAUUAAUUUUAUUUUACUAUAAUCAUUCCAGUAUUACUACAAAUAAUAAAUGUUAUCUUUUAUCUUGUUCACAUUGUUAUUUAAUGUAUUGUUUUUGAUUUCAAAAAAUUAAUUUUAUAAUUUUUAAUACAACUUUUUUGUUGAAAAAAAAGUGUUUUGUUUUUAAAUUAUUAUUUCAAAACAAAUUUUCUUUAAUUUAUUUUACUUUUCUUAAAAAAGGCGUUUGGUACUUGAAUUGAUUUUAAAAAUAAAAUACAUAUUCAACGAUAUUCUAUAUUGUUAUAAUUUGAAAGAACGACACAGCCUACGCGAUAUAUAUACAAAUAAACAAAUGUCAAUUGAAAAAAAAUAAUGUAAUCUAGUUUUAGCAUAAGUUCAAACGAAAACGAAAGCAAAAGUGCUAUAAGACACAAGUGCGAACGCGUAUCAGGUGAAAAGAAAACAAAAAUUAUUAAAAAUUCAUCGCAAUGCAAUAUUUUUUAAUAAUUGGCUAUUAAAAUUUUGAAAUAUUAUAACUUGAAAAAAUUGAUCCCUUAUUUAUUGUUUAAAAGAGAUCAAUUUAGAAGAGAAAUAAAAAAAUUCAUUUUUUACUUUUUGGUACUUUUUGGCAAUUAAGGUGUGAGCAGAAACAAUUUUAGCUGCGACAUAUGGUAAUUAAAAUAAUUUUACAUAAACAUACGUACCUAUGCGAUGACAUUCUUCUUGCCAAUUGUACGUAAUUAUCAAUAUGUAGUUAAUUAUUGUUAGAGUCUUUGAAAUUCUCUUUUUUUAUCAUGUAAAAGAAAUCUCCAAUGAAAAUUUUAAAAAGGACAAAAAUAUUUCUUAUUUAUUAUUUUUUUAAUUAACAGAUAAUUCUUUUUCCCUUCAGGUAAAUUUUUAGCGAUUUCUGAUUCAUUAAAUUUUUGUAGUUUGUCUUUGAUAUAUUAUUGUACAUUGAAAACGUAGUUAAAAUGUGUCAUAUUUAAAAAAAAGUGAUAAUAAAAGUGAAUGUUUUCUAAAAGCGAUUUUUUCAUAGCGGUCUCAAUUAUUUAACUAAUUAAAAUUCUUGGAUUAGAUUCAAAAGAAAAUAGUUUCACUUAAUGUUUAUUCAUUAUGAAGGACAAUAUUGUAAUAAUUUAAAUAAUUUUUUCUAUAUUAUACCUACUUUGAACUCUGAGAAUUUUAAUUAAAUGUAAAUUAAUGUUUUCCUUUAUGUAUUUAGUAUAAAGACUGAAAUAAAGAUCAGAAGAUCGAAUUAAAUAUUAACAAAAUUGGAAUGAAAAUGCUUUUGGCUUCACAUAUCACUUAAGGAUAUGAAACAAUUUUUUUUGUAUAUGAUAAAAAUUUUCGAGAAUAGAAAAAGCUUCAAUUUGUGUGUCUUAAAAAGAUAAAAUAAAAUAAAGCAUAAUAAAUAAUGAUUAUAACAAAUUAUCUCAGUUUUGUACGUCGCUGAAGGUCCGAAAUGGUUGAAUUAUGAAAUUUUAUAUAACAAAAACACACCAAACCUGCUUAAUCAAAAUCUUUGUAAUACUCUUCGACUUUUUUAUGCUUGUUCUAGCGUAAAAAUUUUAGUCAUAUAAAUAUAAAUUUCAAAUGUG